AUGGAGAAAGCUGCGCUCGUUACUCAAGCGGACGACCAGUUUUUGUUCGUUGAAUCUUCCGAAUCUGAGGUGACGGCAAUGAAAGAGAACCGCAGACUCUCGCUCGGGAUGCACGGAGAGACACAAGAAAUGCACUCCAAGACUUUUGAACGCGAAGACAAUGCGAAAGAGGAGGAGACAGUUCUACCAAUGGAGCAGCAGGGAACUCAAGGCCGCACCAGCAACUCUGUAGAGAAACAGACGGAGAGCAUGGAGCAGACACACACAGUCUCGCCCAAGAUGAACGGAGAAACACAGAUUCACCACAAUCACCAAAACCAGCCCCGUGGAGCGACAGGACUUCAAAAACAGCAACGGAACCCAGCAAAGUGGGAAGACUGGCUUGCGCUUCAGGAACACGCUAGAGAACUUCGAAAGGCUUCUGAGAACAUGGCAAAACAGGUAGAGAUAUAUCAACCCAAGAAGUGGAUAGAACGUCAGAUGAUCCGCAAUGCUUUAGAGUGUCAGGCUUUAGAGCGUCAGGCCAAGAAGACAACAAUGAUCGAUAGGCUGCAACGUUCGACCUCCGUGAAAAAAAUAGACCGAUAUUACGCAAAGAUCCGACAAAUGAAUAAGGAAGAGGCGGAUGAGGCUGCCCUCGAUAUGAUCGAGAAAAAUCUAUACUCCGAAUCCUAUUAUCCUUGUGCUCUCGUGGAUAAACCUUGGAUACCCUCGACACUAAAGUGGCUGAGAGAUUUUCGGGCAAAAACAGAAAAGCCGCAAAAUACACUCCUCAUGACCUAUGAACCCAAAGCGAAGGUGAAAGAGUGGCUGAAAACUGUAUGCACGAACAAGGAAGAAAUGGAAGGCACCCUCUUCAUGGACACCGAAACAUCAGUGAAACAAGUCACCGCCGCAUCCUUCAUGGAUACCGAAACCAAAGUGAACUCGGACACCGCCGCAACCCGCAAGCAAUAUGCAGAAAUCCAGAGCAAGAUCUCUCCGCCUAAACCGGCGACCAAAAUGAUUCCCUGGACGUCCAACCUCCCCAUCCCCCCACCCGAAGGACGAUAUAUCUUCUACAAACCUGCCGAAACCCGCACCCCACUGGGUUUUGGGGCGGCUUCUCCCUUCGUGAGCCAAGAGCAAUUGAAGAAGCGGAAGAGGGAGGAGAAGAAGCGGGAGGUGGAAGAGAGGAUGAUGGAUGAGGAGUUGGAUACGGAGGUGCUGCCGAAGCCCAAGAGAGGGAAGAGGUUGAAUGAGUUUGAGGAAGCCAUGAGGGUUGCGGGGCUGUGUCCUGAGGAUCCGGAUAAGAAGGAGAAGGGGAAGGGAAGAGGAAAGGGGAGGGAGAAUGGGGGGAAGGAGGAGAGGCCCUGGGAGGAGAAAGAGAAGAGGGGAGGGGGGAGGGGAGGAGGAAGAGGGAAGAGGGGUGGGUUUGGGAUGAUGUGA